AUGGCUGAUUCCGACGUUUUUAACGCAACAAUUGAUAUCGCAAACGUGCAACAGAGCGAAUUGUCAAACUGUUCCUCGUUAUUCAAAUUCUCGCCAACACUGCUUACUUUCGCUGCCAUAGUCACUGGUAUUAUAAUGGUCAUCGGUUUAUUUGGCAAUCUUCUUACCGUUGUAGCUCUCUUAAAAUGUCCGAAAGUAAGAAACGUCGCCGCUGCUUUCAUAAUAAGUUUAUGCAUAGCCGACUUCCUCUUCUGUGCCAUGGUUCUGCCUUUCGCCAUAUCUGGCUUCUGGACGCGAACUUGGUCCCACGGGGGUGCUCUUUGCAAACUCGUGCCGUUUCUCAGAUAUGGAAAUGUUGGAGUAUCUCUCUUGAGCAUCGCUCUGAUUACUUUAAACAGGUACAUCAUGAUAGCCCAUCACAGCUGGUAUGGGCGAGUCUACCGCAAACACAACAUAGCUCUAAUGAUCAUCUUCUCCUGGAUGUUUUCUUACGGGAUGCAGAUACCUACUCUCAUUGGAAUCUGGGGUAAAUUUGACUACGAUCCAGAGCUGGGAACCUGUUCUAUAGUUUCCGAUGAAUUCGGACGUUCAGCUAAAACUGCGCUUUUUGUUAUCGCAUUCAUAGUGCCAGCCUUACUCAUUUUCAUCUGCUAUGCAAGAAUAUUUUGGGUUGUGCACAGUUCAGAGCAAAGGAUGAGAGAGCACCAGCGUUCUCAAAACACGAAUGCUGGCAGCCUCAAUCAUGACAAACGUUCUACAAUAAAGGACACGCGGGAAACGAAGGCUCGUCGCAACGAGUGGAGGAUAACGAAGAUGGUCCUUGCAAUAUUCCUAUCGUUCCUUGUUUGCUACCUUCCCAUCACUAUCGCGAAGGUUGCCGAUAGUCACGUACAUUUCCCUGUAUUCCACAUAGCGGGCUACCUCCUGCUGUACGCGAGCGCGUGCGUGAACCCCAUCAUCUAUGUUAUAAUGAACGCUCAGUAUCGCGCUGCUUACAAGGCUGCCCUAUGCUGCUCCCUGCCUUCUCCCUCCAGCGAAAUGGAAAGAGCGUCACGGGUACAGCUUCAGCAACACACGAACGGUUUUAAGCCAAGUAUCGCUGGGGGAGUCUCGGGCAGACCAUCGGGGGUCAAUGACCUCAGGAAGAUAGAACAUGGAUCAAGAACGAGCCUGGGGCCCAAGAACGAGACGGCUACCAGCGGGUUAGGGUCCCAAAGGAACCUGAAAAUAACGAGAUUUGACUUAGAUUAA